AUGAUGUCACUGGGCUGUAAGUCACCGCUGCUCAGACACGUAGUGUGCCAUCGCAGACAGGUGCUCAUGGUGCUGAAGGACCAUCGCAGACAGGUGCUCAUGGUGCUGAAGGACCAUCGCAGACAGGUGCUCAUGGUGCUGAAGGACCAUCGCAGACAGGUGCUCAUGGUGCUGAAGGACCAUCGCAGACAGGUGCUCAUGGUGCUGAAGGACCAUCGCAGACAGGUGCUCAUGGUGCUGAAGGACCAUCGCAGACAGGUGCUCAUGGUGCUGAAGGACCAUCGCAGACAGGUGCUCAUGGUGCUGAAGGACCAUCGCAGACAGGUGCUCAUGGUGCUGAAGGACCAUCGCAGACAGGUGCUCAUGGUGCUGAAGGACCAUCGCAGACAGGUGCUCAUGGUGCUGAAGGAUAACUCCGAAUUAAGCCUGUCCUUCACUUGUAAAAUUGAUGGAUUCAGUUAUGUGAUUUUUGCUUCAUCUGAGAACAUGAAAUGUUUUGGCUGCGGCGCAGAGGGUCACCUGAUCAGAGCGUGCCCAGAACGAAUGGAUCAGAAUGUGCCGCGUAAUGACGCACAGACACCGAGCACCUCUGCAGCCUCCGCUGAGACCAGCGCGGAGGCAGCGGAGCCAUCGGGGGACGCGCGCCCGGUCCCAACGCCUCCCCCCGCGGACGGCGUUGCUGGGGACCCCCCCGACGACCCAGACACCGCUGCGGGGCCCGCGGUGGAGCCCGCGGUGGAGCACGCUGUGGGGCCCGCUGCGGGGUCCGCGGUGGAGCCCGCUGCGGGGGCCCCCACUGCUGUCAAUGACCCUGACAGCACUCCUCCUCCCCCCGAGGAGCAGGUGUGUGACAUGAGCCAGGAGCUGAGCAGUGUGGGAGACAGUGACUCUGAGUAUUUAGAUGAGGAGAUGUCAGAUGGGGAGCAGUGUCUCUAUCCUCAGAAGAGAAAGGGAGGCAGUUCUCAGAGCACAGAGAAACCGUUUAAAGUCACACGCAGUUUGAGUAAAGGUACGGCCCGGCCCCUGGUGUGGAGCUCCAGCUCUCAGGAUGAGGACGCUCUCACAGACCAGGAGAGAUUCAGGCUUAAGAAAUUUCUGAGCAAAGUCAGGGCCCAAGUGGCCAGUGAGGGUCCCAACUGA